CGUAAAUCCCAUAAAUAAAUUUCUUCUCCUUUUUUGUUUCUUUGCCAAAUCCCAUCUCCAUUUUCCUCUUCCUCGUCGUUGCGAUUUGAGAAUUCACCUUCUUCUUCCUCCUCUCCUCUCGCCUCCUACCUCUUGCUGCAGCGCACGGCGCCGCGCCAUCAUCGAGCUUGAUCUCGUGCUUGUAUCCUUGUUCUUCAUCUUCUCACCUUCCCUUGAGAAGAUUUGUUACUAGUUUAAUAUUUCCAAGAAAGAGAAGAGGAGAGGAGAGGGUGGUAACGCAGCGUUAGGUGGGGGGCGUGCUAGUCAAGAAGAGAAGAGAAGGAAGGGAGGCCCAACUGCUCCAUCCUCCCUUCCCCAAAUCCACUCCUUCCUUCCUUCCUUCCUUCCUCCCUUGGUUCAUUCAUUGAUUUGAUUUUUGCACGGCAUUUGAGGAAGAAUGUGCCCGCUGAGGGUGAUCCUCAUCUUCCUCUCCGCUACUAUCGCCGGAUUCUUCCUCAUCCGGGGCCUCAACGCCGAUCCCGACCUCCUCCACGACGAUGCCGAUGCCGACGCCUCCGAAUCCCCCAGGGAAAGGGCCCCCGUGCCCCUCCAUUCCAAGGUUGGGUCGGCUUUGAAAACAGGAUUCUGGACGAUGGUGGACAUGGCAAGUGGGAAAUACCUUUGGCGCACUCUUGUUUCACCACCGACAAAAUGCGAAUCUGAGAAGGUCCAGUGAUGGAGUUCUGAUAUUUAUAUCAUACUUAGUUGAUUUGGGAACAGAUGUAACCCCUAUUGUGGUUAGAUUCUGUUGUUGAAGUGUAGUACGAUGGCAACUGUAACAUGAGGAUUACAUCUUGAAGUAAAUGUACAAAAUAGUUCACGUUUGAGCCUUUUCGUGUAACCUAAAACAAUGAGUGGAGAAUUGGGGGCAAUGCUGGGAGUAUAGACUUAUUAAUACAUGAGAUUUGGACUGAAGUUUCUGAAUACAAUGGUUGGACUAUUCUUUA